AUGGAGCCCGAAGAUGAGAAGAAAAAGAAGCUGAACGAUGACGUGGUGGUGUUUAUGCGCAAGCGCAGUGAAACCGAAGCACCUCGGUAUACUGCCCGCUUGAAGACCUACGUUGAUUUCCAACAAAAGAGUCGGCGCGCGGCUGCCGCAAGGCGCCAUUCCGAGCAAGGUCACCACCACGAGAAGAAAUCGCCAGGCUCCGCCUCCAAGAAGAAGAACGAAGGCGACCAAAAAGAUAAAAUUCAGGAAAACCAAGAACACAGCGGGAACGAUGAAGAACGCAUGAGUAGGAGAUCGGCAAACGAGCAGACGGAUAACCGGAUGAGGACGCGGUGGCGGCAACGAGAAGAGUUUAUACCGCACUCGGUCGUACUCCCAGUCCGCGUCGGGCGAGCCGUCCGACCGCUGCGGCCGCCGUCGUCGCCGGAAGAAGUGCUGUUCCCCGUCGCCGUCGCCGGAGCUGUCGCCGCCGACGCAGGCGCAGCUGUAGCCGCCGCCGUCGCCGACGAAGUUGCCGACGCAGGCGACGCCGGUGUAGGCGCCGCAAACGUUGCCGCUGAUGAACUCCGACCGUGCCAGCUUGUGCCAGUUAAAUUAAACGGCGUGUGUGUACAAUGA